AUGUUUUUGCCCCAGGAAGUCAUUGACAACAUCGUGUUCUCGCUUCUCAUCACCGUGUAUCAGUUCGAGGACCGGGCGGCGAGCACGCAAUGGAUCGAUGGGCGCGUGUUCAGAACCAGCACGUGCAGAGAUAAGCUUGGCAUUGGCCAUCGUACGGCCUUCGACCUCGAGGCCGUCUGCAACAUACGCCUAGUAUCUCUUGCAUGGUACUAUAGCGCCACGAAGCUUCUUGAGAGACACCUGUCAUGGCAUCUGAAUCUUGACUCGGACUAUUCGCUUGCUAAGGUAAGGCACCUAUGUGUUGAUGAGGUGGGGGUUGGAAGACUGCUCCCAACUCGCAAUAUUGUCAGGAGAUUGAGGAUACUGCCGAUCAAGACGAGUAUAGCACCGGAUCGGAUCAAGUAUGAAAAGAUAGAAGGGCGGCCAACUGAGGAGGAGUUAUUGCAAUGGCCUAAGGACGGCGCGGCAGCGUACCGACGUUUCGCGCGCUUCUGCAUUUCCGAUGUUAGCGGAGAAGAAGCUCGCAAACGAUCAAUAGCUAUGAUGGCGGUGUAUGAUAUGUUCCAUUGCUUCUUGAAAAGUCUGGUCCAUAUCGAAUCUUUUGACAUCGCCUUCCCACAAGCGCACGUCAAUGUGGAUGAUCAGUGCGCAGAGUCAUACAACUUCGAUGUAAUUCGAGGGCUUUCGCGGGAAUUCGAGUACGGACUCCGGAAAGAGGCGUUCGCUUGUUUGCAGGACCUCCGUGUGUCUCUUCCAGGAACAUAUAACGUCAAAGCUUACCUUUCCGGCAUGAGCCAAGCCGCGCGGGACAAGCUCAAAAAUCUAUUCAUAGGGAUCACAGACGCUACGGGAGCUGCUGGAUGCCAUGAAUAUAGCCGCAGUCCUUGGAACAGGACGGAAGACUUGGAUGGGACAGUUCAUGACUCCCGAGGGACAGUGCUGAAAAUUCCACCAAGCCGCCUGCAGCUGUACAAACCGAAUAGGCAUUACCAAGACCAUGUAUGGGAAUUCAUCUCUUCAUGCCACAAUCUUACAUCAUUAGGCGUCAGGGCAACUCAUUAUCUGGACCUGCGGAACCUGACACGGGAAAGCUAUUCUAGGCUCAAUGGCCUGAAGGAACUCUAUCUUUCCCGUGUUUACGUGGAUAAAGAAUCCAUAUUAAAGCUGCUACUGCCAAAGGAAUGGGACCAUACAACACCGGCGAGUCUAGGGAAUCUCACUCUUGAAGAUGUGAAGAUGCAUCUAGACGGUGGUACUUGGUGCCAAGUGAUGCAAUUUCUCUGGGAUCAUUGUGCGGACCUCAACUAUGUCUCGCUGUUAAGGCUCUCCUACUUUUGUGAGCACCCGAGAGCCUGGCCUCGCGGUUAUGCGUACCGCGUGCCUGCAGGAACCAUCGCUACGCGGAAUGAGGAGGACAUUGACUCGGUCCGCAGGAUUGUAGAACGGUUUCUACAGCGGGAGGGAGGCAUAUUAACCUGCCCUGAUGUUUAUUUGCAUAUGGCAAUUGGCUUGGGAUAUGACGAAUACAACUGCGAAUGGGGCAAACUUUUUGAAGAAGGAAGCGCCUGA